CCGAAAUGGUGAAGCUGGGUUGCAUUUGUUGGCAUUCUGAUGGUUUCUCUCGUUCACCUCCACGCGCGAAUGACGUUUGUAGGCAACCCCCAGAUCAGGGAAAAUCAAGAGAAUCCAUUUAUUCCCUGUCGCUUCGACUUUGUUUAACAAAAAUAGGCUUAAAAUAGCAAAACAACCCUAAAAGACUUAUCCAUAUUAUUCAGCGAACGGCUCACUCUAAAUAAUCUCGAUGGGGAGCCGGUAAGAUUCCUUUACUCAAACUUCAGCCACAAAUUGUUAGUUAAAACGAUGCAGGAUAACCUACGACACAGAAUAACCGAAUGUAUUAGUCAUCCUGCAAUGCUAAUUAAACGAACUGGUAAUCGCUUUAGGAAUGAUUGGACUGGUAGUCGGUCAUCCAAUGGAUACAGUCAAGACCAACCAACAGAUGAUGAGCAAAAAAGUGACCAAUACACAAAUAGCGAUAGAUAUGUUCAAAAAGGAAGGGGUCCAUGGAUUUUAUAAAGGAAUGUUGUUUCCACUGCUAUGCUCCGGUACCUUAAAUUCAGUAUUCUUUGGAAUUUAUGCCUAUUGCGUGAAAAAUAUGCAGGAACUACGAGGUCACCCCCCUAAUUGGAAUUUACCAACAACUUCGGGGUGGUAUCUGGAUACAUUUUUGGGUGGCUGUGUAGGUGGACUAGUUCAAGUCGUCAUCUCCUGUCCCAGUGAGGUUGUCAAAGUUCGUCUUCAAUCCGGAAAAGUUAUCUAAUUCAAUUAUGCAAUACCAGUAACCACGCGUGCCACUAACUGGAAAAAGAUUUAAAUUGUAAAUACUUUCAUCUAAGAAUACAGGACACUUAAUCCGAUAUUUGGACUAUUGAUAUCCCGUUAUUUUGUAGUCGCCGGUACUGCUCUGAUUGCAACAUCUCAGCUUGUCCUGUUCAUAUCUAUAAAUGACAAUAAUCAUGAAAAAGAAUCACAAUUACUCAGAAAUAACGAAUCCCGUUAUGAUUUUCAGAAAGCAAAAUACCACUUCUUACAAUUUUCAGCUUCAAUUCUUAGUUAUUAGUUUCCUAAGUUACACCUGAACAUUUUCAUAUCCAGUUGAUUCAUUGCGUGGGCGCUCUGUACUUUCCACUAGUUAAUAGAUUAUCAUUCUUACAGGAAUAAUCAAGUCAGGAAGUAGACAAAACCUGAAACAAAGACCAGGAGCUUUAGCGACAACUUUAGAUAUCUACAGAAAAAAUGGCAUACGCGCACUUUAUGCAGGAUUAGUACCCAUGCUAUGGAGGUCAGUUCAAGAAACCAGAAAGUAGCCUCAGAUAGCAGCUGUCAGAGGUCUUUAAUUAACAUUACGACAGCAUAGUUAUAAAUAGGAUACAUUCUUCAAUAUUUCUAUUGCAUUAACAAAUUCAAUUCGUGACAAAGAUGAACAUGCGAUAAAAAGUUCUCUGUCAUUGAUCGAGAUAAUUCAUCACUUAAAAGUUACUCUCCUUUCCAAUAACGUUUGAUAGGCAUAGUCACUGUGAAUCAACGUUUGGUAUCGGUUAAACCUAGAGUUCGUUAUUAUUCUAUAUAAAAAUCUGAUUGUUUCAACAAGGGAUGUAUUGGGAAGUGGGCUUUACAUAUGGUCGUACCAAUGGAUGCGCUUUAAUUUCCACGGACGCUUAGAUCUGAACCCGGGGCCGUUUGAAACGCUCGUGGCUGGUGGAAUUGCAGGUGAACAUUAGCUCGAUAGCGUUACGUUUAUAAACGAGUCAUUGAGAUUGCCAAAAUAACGGAUUUUACAAAGUCAAAAUCACCCAGGUGUAUUAUCGUGGAUGCCGAUAGUGCCCCUGGAUACAAUUAAGUCCCGAAUUCAAGCUGAUGAUUUGAGGAAUCCGUUUUACAAAGGUACCCUCCACUGCGGUACUCUUUUGCUCAAAGAAGGUGGUUUCAUCAAUUUUUACAAAGGAUUUAUAAUGAUUGCUUUACGAUCUUUCCUGGUGAACGCAGCUACUUUUUAUGCUUACGAAAGUAUGAUUGACUGCUGGAAAUACUUAUGAAUAAAACCAUUUAAUUA